UGCCUUACCUCUAAAUAUUGUGACAGGAGACCAAACUCUUUUCUCCAGCCUCAUAAACGUUGGAACCCGCGAAUUGUGGUACGAUUUUCACGCGAACAGACAGACGGACAAGUAAACAUCGCGCAAUUUUAAUUCUGAAAUCGGGAAAGUACAAUUGAUCGAGGAGAAUAGGGUUGAAGAAGUAGCCCACAAAAUCAAUGACGGAGGAUAGUUGCCCUAGGGUUUCGUCGUCGGAACCAGAUUCAGCGACGACCAAGCAAAGGAAAAAGAGAAAGUGGGAUCAGCCCGACGAGUCAUUUGUUUCUGCUGGUGUAGCUUUUCCAGGAAUUUUUCCACUGGCAAACAUGGGAUCUCUGGCCAGGAUAACUCUGCCUGCUGUCUCCCCGGUAUCUGCUUCUCCUGCAAUCCCUUUUCCCACUUCUAGUGGCACUCCGCUGCAAGUUGUUCAGGUGCCUUUACAGCAGCAUGCUGCUGCAAUUGUCCAAAAGCUAGUCCAAGUAAGGCCAAAGAUCCAAGAUGAAUUAAUAGCAAGAGAAAUUGUCAUAAAUGAUGCUGAUUCUGCUAUCCGCUAUAAGCUCACCAAGCGGCAAACCCAGGAAGAGAUCCAGAAGACUACAGGGGCUGUGGUAAUAACUCGUGGAAAAUACCGGCCUCCUAAUGCGCCACCUGAUGGUGAGAGACCCUUAUAUCUUCAUAUAUCGGCUGCUUCACAUUUGGAAACAACGGCAGAAAGAAUCAAAGCAGUUGAUCAUGCUGCUGCUAUAGUGGAAGAAAUGCUGAAACAGGCAAUAGUGAGUAGUGGAGCUAAGGUUGAUCAUUUAUUGUAUACACGUGUCUUUUUGGGAUUUGAGGCAGACCCAUCGUUGAACAUUGUCUCACGCAUCCGUGGCCCAAAUGACCAGUAUGUAAACCACAUUAUGAAUGAAACAGGAGCAACUGUCUUACUAAGAGGAAGGGGUUCCGGGUAUUCUGAAAAUGGGCAGACUGAAGAAACGCAAGAACCAUUACAUCUGUUGUUAUCAAGCAAUGACCCACACACUCUUGAACGUGCAAAGCUCUUGGCGGAAAAUCUUUUGGACACAAUUAGCACUGAGUGUGGUGCAUCUAGGGUAUCUUCAUGCAAGGAGUAUGGGGCUGUGCCACCUCCACCUCAGUUGCAGGCUGGAAUCCAGAGUCCGGGAAGUGCAUCAAAAGUGAGAGAUAUAGCUCCUUUCAGCUCAACUGCUUUGGCUGCUGUGAGCAGUGUCGCCUCUCAGGGUGCGCUAUCUCAAUCUAUUGGAUCGUCAAAUCCUGGCCCACCACAAGCAAAUACCGCUUUCUAUCCUCAUGGUGUGACAAGUGGAACAAGCUAUAUUGGUUAUGGUGGAAUAUAUCCACAAGCCACACCAUUGCAACAAGUUGCCUUAGCCCUUAGGCAGUCGACUUCUCCAGUCACUGCUACAGUUUCUCCCGUUACCACUCCAGCUAGCAUUGAGCCACCAACAGAGGUGAACCUCCCUGUGAAAGAUAAGCGCUCCCAGAAACGGAAGUUCCAGGAAUUACCUGCUGCUGCAAAAGGUCCAGCAAAUCAAAACCAGAAGAAUAUACAGGGAUCAGAAUUUCCAAUGCCACGUGAACUAACAUCACAUGUAGGUGCAAGAGACAAUUUGGUUGACCAAGAUCCAAAUAAGUUUGUCAAGCCAGCGCCUGAUGGAAUGCCUCCACCUCCUCCUAGGCGCAUAUCGCCUCCCUCACCCCCACCAAAGUUUAGCCCAACCCCAAAAGUGCAUGGAGACAACAACGGGAUACACAGAUCAAAAUCAGAGGCUGUACCUGAUACUUUAAUCCAGCUGCUGGAAUAUGGAGAUGAUGAUGAUGAUGACAACCUUGAGGAAACGUCCACAGUGCCCUUAAAAAACCAUUCAAGUUCUCCCACUGUACCAAAACCUUUCUGGGCUGUAUGAGUUUGAUAACCUCGACCACCCACCCACCGGGGAUUUGGGUGUUUGGGAGUGGAGAUUCUAUCCUUCGCAGAAAUGCUACCUGGAUGAAGGAUAAAUUUCACAACCUGAUUGGACAUGUAGCAGUUCUCAUUACCACUACUUAAUUGAGGUAUUGGUGCUCCCUCCGGAAAAGGCAUGUAUUAUGUCCUGUACAUUAGUUGUAGAGAUUUUCCGAAAAUGUUUUGGGUUUUGCCUGCAUCAUGCACGUCCUUUUUGGCGUUAGAUCUUUGUCUAGUUCUCAGUUCCAGUUUAAUAAAGUUAAUUGUGAGCCAGUCGAUUUGAGUGA